CUUACGUGAGACGUGGCUCCUUGGUUCCUCCCACCCUCCUCCUCCUCUCUCUCUCUCUCUCUCUCUCUCUCGCCAUGGUUUUCACCUUCCUUUCCUUUCACCACCAGCAACACCUCCGAGGAAUUCCGUGGGAUUAAUUUUUCCUGUUAUUUAUGAUUGCAGAGGAGGACGAUGCGCGCGGGCAUCUCUUCCGGAUUGCGCUGAGCAGCGAUCGCUCGCCCGUUCCGAGAAGACCCCGCGUGUGAGCUGCGCGGACCCGAGCGUGGUCCAUCUGCACUGGCCCUCUGCCCCCCUCCCCAAAAGGAGGAGAGAGAGAGAGAGAGGGAGUGAGUGGGGGGAAGGAAAAAGAAAACCACACACCCACCCCAGCCCAGGCAGCUCCCCAGUGGACUUGCCAGUUGUUGCUCGUGGGAAGAGGCUCUUGCCGGAGGGGACGCCUGGGGAAUAAUCAUGCUUCUCAGAGGACCAGCACCGACAUCCGCGACAGCCAGAGCCAGCCCCUUCUACUAGGGCUCACAGGAAUAUAUAUUUAUAUAUUUCUAUUGUAUUAUCUGCAUCCUUAGAAGAACCAUCACGAUUUGGUUUUUUUUUUUAAUGAUCUCUAUGGAUCCUGCAUUUUAUGACCCUCCUCUCCACACGGUCUGAUUCAUCUUCGAAGCCGAUCUCUCUCUCUCCCUCCCUCUCUCAACCUCGUUUUACAUUUGCACCGCUUCAAGACACAAAGAUUGCCAAAGCCGAGCCUUCUUGCAAGAAAAAGAUUUUUCUCCCCCUCCAAUUAGAAACAUAUUGCAUCGCCCCCUCCCCAUUUGCUCCCCAAACCUCAUUCUUCUUAUGUGGAUAUGCAAGCAAGAAGAGGAGACUGGAUACUCCCAACAUGCUCACUCCCUUAAUCUGUCCGCCUAGAGGUUCUGCUUCUACAAACCAAGGGAGUGCAAGAGCUGAAAAUGAGGCCCCGAGCAGAGUGCUAUUCUUCAAAGUUCUGGCUUAUGCUGGCAGUCCUGGCGACAACAGGUGGUGGGGCCUGGGCCCAAAAGAACCACCCCAGCAUUGGCAUUGCUGUCAUCUUGGUGGGUACCUCUGACGAAGUAGCUAUCACAGAUGCCCACAAGAAAGAUGACUUCCAUCACCUCUCUCUCACGCCUCGUGUGGAACUGGUGGCCAUGAAUGAGACAGAUCCCAAGAGCAUCAUCACCCGCAUCUGUGAUAUCAUGUCUGAUCGGAGGGUUCAAGGUGUGGUGUUUGCUGAUGACACUGACCAGGAAGCCAUUGCCCAGAUCCUGGACUUCAUUUCUGCCCAGACCCUCACACCCAUCCUAGGUAUCCAUGGAGGCUCUUCCAUGAUCAUGGCAGACAAGGAUGAAUCGUCCAUGUUCUUCCAGUUUGGUCCAUCAAUAGAACAGCAAGCUUCUGUCAUGCUCAACAUCAUGGAAGAAUAUGACUGGUACAUCUUCUCCAUUGUCACUACCUACUUUCCUGGCUACCAGGACUUUGUCAACAAGGUCCGUAGCACUAUUGAGAACAGCUUUGUGGGCUGGGAGCUAGAAGAGGUGCUCUUGCUGGAUAUGUCUCUGGAUGACGGAGACUCAAAGAUCCAGAAUCAGCUCAAGAAACUCCAGAGUCCUGUCAUCCUCCUUUACUGUACUAAGGAAGAAGCCACCUAUAUCUUUGAGGUGGCUAACUCUGUGGGUCUGACUGGGUACGAUUACACAUGGAUUGUACCCAGCUUGGUGGCUGGAGAUACAGACACAGUCCCCUCUGAAUUCCCCACUGGACUUAUCUCUGUGUCAUAUGAUGAAUGGGACUAUGGCCUUCGCGACAGGGUGAAAGACGGAAUAGCCAUAAUAACCACGGCUGCUUCUGACAUGCUGUCUGAGCACAGCUUCAUUCCUGAGCCCAAGAGCAGUUGCUACAACACACAGGACAAGAGGAUCUACCAAUCAAACAUGUUAAAUAGGUACCUGAUUAAUGUCACGUUUGAAGGGAGGAAUUUGUCUUUCAGUGAGGACGGCUACCAGAUGCACCCAAAAUUGGUUAUCAUCCUUUUGACCAAGACGAGGACGUGGGACAGGGUGGGAUGGUGGAAGGACAAGCGUCUCAAGAUGAAGUAUUAUGUGUGGCCACGUUCUGAGCUUUACCCUGACAGUGAGGAGCGUGCAGAUGACCAUCUCAGCAUAGUGACCCUAGAAGAAGCACCGUUUGUCAUUGUGGAAAAUGUGGACCCCCUAAGCGGUACCUGUAUGAGGAACACUGUCCCAUGCCAAAAAAGAAAUGUGACAGACAACAAGACGGAUGAGGAGACUGCAUACACCAAGAAAUGUUGCAAAGGGUUUUGUAUUGAUAUCCUCAAGAAAAUCUCCAAGUUUGUCAAGUUCACCUAUGACCUUUACUUGGUAACCAAUGGUAAACAUGGGAAGAAGAUCAAUGGAACAUGGAAUGGAAUGAUAGGCGAGGUGGUUGACAAACGUGCCUAUAUGGCGGUGGGAUCCCUCACCAUAAAUGCAGAACGCUCAGAAGUGGUAGACUUUUCUGUACCCUUCAUUGAGACAGGCAUUAGUGUAAUGGUGUCGCGAAGCAAUGGGACUGUCUCACCUUCUGCCUUUUUAGAGCCAUUCAGUGCUGAUGUAUGGGUGAUGAUGUUUGUAAUGCUGCUUAUAAUCUCUGCGGUGGCGGUCUUUGUCUUUGAGUACUUCAGCCCUGUGGGAUACAACCGGUGUCUGGCUGAUGGCAGAGAGCCUGGUGGUCCUUCUUUCACCAUUGGCAAAGCUAUCUGGUUAUUGUGGGGCCUGGUAUUCAACAACUCUGUGCCAGUGCAGAAUCCCAAGGGCACUACGAGCAAGAUCAUGGUGUCUGUGUGGGCCUUCUUUGCUGUCAUCUUUCUGGCCAGUUACACUGCCAAUUUGGCUGCCUUCAUGAUCCAAGAGGAGUAUGUAGACCAGGUGUCUGGGCUGAGCGACAAAAAGUUCCAAAACCCAAAUGCUUUCUCGCCACCUUUCCGCUUUGGGACAGUUCCUAAUGGCAGUACAGAGAGGAACAUUCGCAACAAUUACGAACUGAUGCACGCCUACAUGGUGAAGUUCAACCAAAGAUCGGUGGGAGAUGCGCUAUCCUCAUUAAAGACAGGGAAGCUGGAUGCUUUUAUUUAUGAUGCAGCUGUGCUAAACUACAUGGCUGGCAGAGAUGAAGGCUGCAAGCUAGUGACAAUUGGGAGUGGGAAGGUCUUUGCUUCAACGGGCUACGGCAUUGCCAUCCAGAAGAAUUCAGGCUGGAAGCGGCAAGUGGAUCUGGCAAUCCUACAGCUCUUUGGUGAUGGUGAGAUGGAGGAGCUAGAAGCUCUCUGGCUCACUGGCAUCUGCCAUAAUGAGAAGAACGAGGUAAUGAGCAGCCAGCUGGACAUUGAUAACAUGGCCGGAGUCUUCUAUAUGUUGGGAGCAGCCAUGGCCCUCAGCCUCAUCACCUUCAUCUGUGAACAUCUCUUUUAUUGGCAAUUCCGCCACUGCUUCAUGGGCAUUUGCUCCGGCAAACCUGGCGUUGUCUUCUCCAUCAGCAGGGGUAUUUACAGCUGCAUCCAUGGAGUGGCUAUCGAGGACCGCCAUUCUUCCAUGAACUCCCCCACUGCCACCAUGAACAAUACCCAUUCCAACAUUUUGCGCCUGCUCCGAACAGCAAAGAACAUGGCAAACCUUUCAGGUGUCAAUGGCUCACCACAAAGUGCCCUGGAUUUUAUCCGUCGCGAAUCCUCUGUCUACGAUAUCUCUGAGCACCGCCGUAGCUUCACUCACUCUGACUGCAAGUCUUAUAACAACCCCCCCUGCGAGGAAAACCUCUUCAGUGAUUAUAUUAGUGAGGUGGAAAGGACCUUUGGUAAUCUGCAGCUGAAAGAAAGCAAUGUUUACCAAGACCAUUAUCAUCACCACCAUCGCCCUCAUAGCAUAGGGAGCGCCAGCUCCAUCGAUGGACUAUAUGACUGUGAUAAUCCACCCUUCUCCGCACAGCCUCGAUCUCUCAGUAAGAAGCCAUUAGAUAUCGGUUUGCCGCCGGCCAAACAUGGCCAGCUAGGUGACCUUUAUGGCAAGUUGUCUUUCAAGAGUGACCGAUACAGCGGUGGAGGAGCACACGACGAUUUGAUCCGUUCAGAUGUCUCGGACAUAUCGACUCAUACCGUGACUUAUGGCAACAUUGAGGGCAACGCUGCAAAGCGGCGAAAACAGCAGUAUAAAGAUAGUCUAAAGAAGCGGCCAGCCUCGGCCAAGUCACGGAGAGAGUUUGAUGAGAUUGAACUGGCCUAUCGCCGGCGUCCCCGUUCCCCUGACCACAAGCGCUACUUUAGGGACAAGGAAGGGCUACGGGAUUUCUAUUUGGACCAGUUCCGGGCUAAGGAGAACUCACCGCACUGGGAACAUGUGGAUCUGACGGAUAUUUAUAAAGAGCGGGGAGAUGACUUCAAGCGUGACACUAUAGGGGGAGCAGGGACAUGUACUAACAGGACCCACCACAAACACGGGUCGGGGGAGUUUGGAGCAAACAAUGAGCACAAGCACAGUGUUGUGAGUGGGGUACCAGCGCCAUGGGAGAAAAACCUCACCAAUCUCGAUUGGGAGGAACGCCCUGGCGCUAACUAUUGCCGCAGUUGCCCAUCGAAGCUGCAUAACUACACUCCGACCGUGGUGGGGCAGAAUUCCACCCGCCAGCCAUGCAUCCGGUGUGAAGCCUGCAAGAAGGCCGGAAACCUCUACGACAUCAGUGAGGACAACUCCCUCCAAGAGCUGGAUCAGCCAUCUGCUCCUGUGCCCGUGGCAACCAGCACCUCCACUACCAAGUAUCCUCAGAGCCCUUCCAACUCUGCCUCCAAGGUGCAGAAGAAGAAUCGCAACAAGCUACGCCGGCAGCACUCCUACGACACCUUUGUGGAUCUGCAGAAGGAAGACGCUGCCCUGGCCCCCCGCAGCGUCAGCCUGAAGGACAAGGGCCGCUUUUUGGAGGGAAGCCCCUAUGCCCACAUGUUUGAGAUGCCAGCCAGCGAGUCCACUUUUGCCAACAACAAGUCCUCAGUGCCCGCCACCAGCCACCACCACCACAACAAUCCUGGCAUUAGUGGUGGUUAUAUGCUCAGCAAGUCGCUCUACCCCGACCGGGUCACUCAAAACCCUUUCAUCCCCACUUUUGGGGAUGACCAGUGCUUGCUCCACGGCAGCAAAUCCUAUUUCUUCAGGCAGCCUGUGGUGGCAGGAGGGCCCAAGGCCAGGCCAGACUUCCGAGCCAUUGUCACCACCAACAAGCCGGUGGUCUCGGCCCUCCAUGGGGCUGUGCCAGCCCGUUUCCAGAAGGACAUCUGUAUAGGGAACCAGUCCAACCCCUGUGUGCCUAACAACAAAAACCCCAGGGCUUUCAAUGGCUCCAGCAACGGGCAUGUUUAUGAGAAACUUUCCAGUAUUGAGUCUGAUGUCUGAGUGAUGGGGAAAAGCAUGGGAGGGGAUGGUGCUGGAAAUGCAACGUGUGGGAGGGGCAGGUGGUGGGUUCAGACCUAGUUCCCAUUUGCUACUCUUCUGCUACUCUUUUUUUCUUUGUGGAGUAUUGGAGUUCUGCUUAGGCAGCGCUGAUGCGAAGUGCCACCUCUUUCUUUCCCCAGAUCCCCCAUCCCCGAUGAUCUCUUUUCAUUUCUCCACUCACAGUUCCAUUCCUGGCCAUCACAUGUCAGAGCUUAGUAGCUUAGCUUGUGUUUUCACAGUUGGGAAAGGCAAAGGCAUGGUUGAGGAGAGGCCAGCAUACGAGUGGGAGCAAUAGCCGCAGAGUUUGGGGUUUUCUCGGCGCCAAACUGUGAUGGUUAGUACAGAUACGAGAAGGUGGCCUGAGGCGGAGAAUGGAAGAGAUAGAAUGGGCAUGAAGAAGAUACAGGUCUUCUUACAUAUGUACUUUUAAGCAAAAUUGAUGGGACGUGAAUAGUGUGGGAUCAACUUAAUGCAUUUUAUGUUGAUUACAUGCAAAAAAUCAUUCAGUUCUUUUGUGAAGACUCUGUGGGUUAAAGGCUGAAAUAUGGAGUUGCAUAUAUACAUAUACAUAUAUAUAUAUAUACUGAAGAUAAAAAUGUAUUGAAAUCUUGGUAUAUUUACCAGGGGGAGGGGAGGUUUGAUAUGUAUGCAGAUCUAGCCAGUGGUCCAGUCAACAGUAACCCAGUGAGGUCACUUCUGAAAGACGAAUUGGAAUGAUAAAAGUGAAUGCCAGUGAAACUUUCAGCAAAAGUCUUGGGGAAAUUCAAAUGUUGGGGUCCCAGGGGAGGUUUUGUUGCAGGUUUUGUGCUACUCAUGAACAACUUGUUAAUUUUGAAAUGGUGAAAUAUCAAAUAUGGGUUGGUUUAUGCACAAGCUUAAAUGUGAAAAUUAAUUGACACGAACCAUCGUAACAACAUGAGUUUCUUAUUGCUACGAUAUUUAGUAGACAAACCCAGCAGAGCAAACCUUUCCAAUGCAAGGGAACAUAAAGGGCAGUGAAUGAAAAGAAGAGCAGGGUUGGCAACUCAAGCUCCACUGUUGUUCUGAUGAAUUUAAUCUGGCAGGGAGAAGGCUCAGCCAUUGCUCCCGCCUCUAGCAUAUCAUGCAACACGAGCAAGAUGAAUAAUGGAAAGGCUUUCUCUGCUGAUGGUGUAUUUCCUCUGAGUAGAAAGUGGAAGAAGGCGGUGGUGGGAAUAGGGCCAGCACAACUCAGACAUAUGUAUAUGUGUAUUUAUUGAAUAUAUUCUUAUAUUUGAUAAUUAUAGUGUUGUGGAAAUACACGGCUUGUCUUCCACAGGGCAUGAGGAGAUGAAUCAUCAGAUCCUACAGAUGCUGUGGUGACGACUGGAGAGCAGAGUUGCAAAGAUGUGGGGAAUAUUGUUGUGAAGGGGACCGGCAGGUUCAAAGGUGCAAAAGCGGUAUCACUUAGCAUCUUGAGAGUUGUUCUGGCCCUGUCCUCAGUGCAUAUGGUACUGAUAACAGCAGUUUGGCUACCAAGGAGGAAUAACUGUAAAUGCAAGUUAAAAUGAGACACUUGUUAGAAGCGAUAUUGUUUCGUUUACAGCAGGAACCCUCAGGUAAGGGCAACAGGUCCAUUGUUGCUUCCCAAAAAUGUGGCAAAGCACCUCACUUUUUCAUGGGUCUGUUGUUCUGCUUUCCUAACUGGAAAGGACUGUGAAAAGUGCUCUUCGGCUAUCUUGGGCACGUUGCAGUAGAACUGAACGCAUGGACAGGCACAGGCCCUGAGCUUUGGAAGCAGCCAUUCUUUUUCGAGCCACAUUUCCUGCAGCUGAUUCUCUUCUCGUGUAUCCUUCCAACCAUACCCUACUUGGCUUUAUCUUAAUACCUUUCUUGCAUUUAAGCCAACAGAAGGCCUUGUUUUUUUGGUAGGCAGAGGCCAGGAGGAAGGGCCCGAACAUUUUGAGAAAUGGGAUUCCCCCACCUCCUCUGGAUUUACUAAGCAAGUUAUGGAAGGAGGGACGCCCUCUCUAUGGUUGGAGGAGUAGAAUGCCUUUUUGUUCCUCUCUUCUUUCUCCUGUAAAGCAAAUAAUGCUUGCUUAGCAGUCUGCAGAACAUGGAGUGAACCCUCUGACAAGAGCAGUUGAGAAGGCAUUCAUUUCAUUUGUAAAUAUGAUUUUCUUUUCUAUUACAUUUUGUACAAACUAGUGCUUCUCUUCUUGUGAAUAUUCAGGUUUGGAGAGAAGAGGGAUUUUAGGUUGUCCUCCCACCCCUGCAACGUUCAGGCAAUGUGUCUGGAGGUUGUUUGAUGUGGGCCCAGGCUGUUAAAAAUGGGGGAGAAGGAAAGAAAACUGCAUGCAUUGAAUACCUCUAUCUACACACCUGCCACCUUUUUUCUUCAUGGUUCGAAAAUAUAUUAGAUCACCUCUAGCCUUGCUAGCAGGGCUUUCAUGUUCUAAUGGAAGCACACUAUAUCUCCCUUGCUUGAUUCUAAACUCCAUACCAUAACCCUUCUCUGGAAUCUGGGUCCUGGGCAUUGUGCUGUUUUCCCUUGGUGAUGAAGCAAACCAUCAUUUUGAAUGUUCAGUUUAGAUCAUCACCCAACACUACAGGGACUUCUCCAAAGUUAAUGUUGGCUUGGAAACCUUGGGACUGGGAAAUCUCAGUUUACUAGUACUUCUUAAGGUUUAUUAAGCAGCUGGGUUUGAUCCUACUGAUUAAGCCUGCCUUUGGCAGCUAUGUCAGUAUUCCCAUCCCUCAGCUGAAACCAAAUACAGUUGAGAAUGGUACUUCGGAGAAAAUUAAACUGAAAAACAAACCAAAAAGAUGCUAACUGAACUCUCAGAAUGAUUCCAGAUCUUUGUUUUGGAUGACGGUUCACUAUGGUUCACAUUUUCUUAUAACCUUUUUCUCUGACCCUAGCUCAAUUUAAACGUUGAAUGACAUGUUUACAUUUAUAGUGUUUAGGUUUGAUAAUAUUAAAGUGCUUUACAAAUUUUAAUUUGUGUGCACAGAGUGUGAAAAUUGUCUGCUUAAGGAUAACAGGAAAUGUUGGAGGACUUUCAACAACAAUCCAUUUUCAGGUGUCUUGUGUGUUGCCUUGACACAUGAAAUGAGCCUCUGGCUUUCUUUCCCCUUCUCUUUCAUUUGAAACAUACAUUUUUCUUUCUCUUGAAAUUUGACCAAGAGGGAAAGGGUUGGUUGGAACACACACACACACACACACACACACACACACUCUUCUUGGAACACUGAUUACAAUUUUGUAAUUUAAAAUUCUGAGUGUUAUUUCACUAAAAAUAAUCGAGUGAACAUAACAGGAAAUUUUAGCAGCAGGUGCUGUUUAUGCUAGAAUGGAGGCUGUGAUGUUGGUUGCUUAACUUGCCAAAAAAAUACAUGAGACUUUGUAUGAGAGGCCAACAAAAGUGAAUGUUUAUCAGCUCAGAAACCCAGUUUCUUCUUCCUCUUAGAAAAAUGGGAUGUGUUCCUAAUAUUUCUGUCAUUUCAUAACAUUGAUUCCCCCCCCACCAUGAACUAAGGGUGUUUGUUUUGCAUGGGUGAGUGGUUCUGUACCUGAACAUACAUAAUGUAACUGGUAUGGUUUUUUUUCCAGUCUGGCAUAUCUUGCCAUUAAUGUCUUUUAGGAGGAUAUAUCGAAAUACUUUCUAAAUGCUCAUACUUCUGGAGCCAUGGCAAUAUGUAUGUAAUAAAUGUUAUGGUAUAAAGGAGGAAAAGAUGGGGUGGGGUGGGGGAAUGGCAGACUUCCCAAGCUGUUAGACAUUAGUAUGGCAUGCUGCCGGACCACUUAUUCUGGCAUUCUUUCAUGGAGGUGGUAUGUCUGCCAAUGUAGCAAUACACCAUGUUAUGUUAUGUUAUAUCCUGCCAUAAUGUGUGGUGCUCCAGAAAUUUGGUGAGUGGGUAUUAUGCAUGACACAAACAUAUCAAAGAAAAUGGGUUGACCCUGCAUCAGCACUAAUCUACAGGUUUUUAGAAGUAUACUGCCCCUCUCCAUCCCCACCCCAUACUCCCUUGCACAUGUAAAUCAACUAGUAUCUCUCAUACCUGCCAAAAUCCAACACAAUCCCAGUUUGGGCACAGGUAUUCCGGCCGCUUCUUACAACUGACUUCCUGCAAUUCUUCAAAUUCCUUUAAUAAAAAUCUACAUCAUUCCUAAAUACAGUCAUUGUUAGGAUAAUCAGAGGCUAGUUGCACAGAGGAACUAUUUUGUUCCAGGAUGUUGUCAGAACAAAUAUGUAUGCCUCAUGAGUUUGCUUAGAUCAAGCAUGGCUGUAUCCCUUCUUGUCCAAAAGAGCUGGCAGCCUAUUCAUGAUUGUACUCCGUAUUUCCCACUUGCUCCCAAAUGGGACUUGUGUUGGUUUCAUUCUAUCAAAUCCAUCAGAUAUAAGCGCAUGAAGCUACCUGAAAGAUCGGGCCCUGAAGUUCCUGGCAACAACAGAAGAGGACCUCAACCCCUCAAGCUUGCAUUUUGCAUCCUCUCCCAUAAGUGCUUCCCUACAAUUACAUACUGAACAUACCAGGUCUGUCCAAGUGGAAAACGUCCACUCUACUUCUGGACGCUGCUCGAAUAUGAAGAAAGUAAUUAGUGGGACACUAGCUUUGUCCCCCAAGGGCUUAUUUCCAGUUUGUAGCCAAAUAGGCUUCCAAGCCAUAAUUCUGUUCUUAAUAUCCCUACACCCUCACCACUGGAAAAGUUGGUUAGGGUUAUAACCGCCAGUUAUAGAUCCAGACAUAUAGCAUCAUUUCCAUUAUGGAUGGGUUUCCAUUUCUGGCACCCAUCCAGACAAACUUCAAACUAAACCACCACAUUUUAAAAACUUUUAUUUUAAAUACUUUGAAGGCCCGCCCUUUCCAGCCUCUGAAUGUUAUCAAAUUCCCUUUAUUGCUGACAAUAAUGUGUAUUAGUGUAGAGUACAUCUUGACAAAAUUAGAAUAUUCUCUAUUAGCAAAGUCCAGUUAAAAACAACAAAGCAGUGCUAUGAAGAUUGAAGAUCACUUCACACAACCAGGCCAGCUUGGCGAUAGACCAGUGAGCCAAGGAGGGGCAUAGACAAAGGGCACCCCCAUAAGCUUCAAAUUAAAUUGCCCUCCUCCAUGAUGAGUUGGUGGAGUGAGUGGAUCCAGGCUCAGGUCUGCCUGUGGUAAAGCUUAAAUCACAUACCCAGCUCACGUGUCAUGCCGUCUGCGAAGCUGUGGGGUGUGCAACGAUUUGACCACGUGUCAGACCGAGCUGGACCCAUUUGGUCAGCAAGCCCAUCAUGCCAAUUCAAUCAUUUGAACUGGGCUCAAGAUAAAAUCUGUGUUAUCACUUAUUCAUAAUUUAAUUUAUUUAACCUAUCACAAGUGGUUGUAAUGAAUACCACAGUUAAGUUCUUGCAAGGUCCGACCUAUUCCAUUUCUUUCAUACACAAACAUCACAUACUAAAAAGCUGAAUAAUAUAUAUGUAGGUCUCACAUAACUUCAGCAAAAAGCCUGAGUAUGUAUGGACACAUCUCAAACAUCAAAAUCAAUAUAUUUCAGCAAACAUUUUUGACUCUUUUUAGUCACAAUAAAGCAUUUUAUCAAAGCAGAAACAAUGCAACAUUUCCUGACAUUGUUUUUAAUGUUAUGUAUUCAUGUUGUGCCAUAUAUAUCAUCCGCUUAUUUGAUUGCGGUUAUAUGUAAAUAUAAGUGUACAUAUGUACAGGAGCUAAUUACAGCAGCUAUAUUCAGGUUGGGGGAAGAGGGUAAUUUUUUUAUAUGUACAGUAUUUCCAUAUUAAGCAAAGGCAUGGGGAAGGGGAAUUGACUUAUGAGUUGUGGUUUUCCUUGGUCUGUGGUGUUUGAAGUUGUUUCAGUGGUUGCUUUUGCCAGUUUGGGAAGUUUAUCUGGAUGUUCUAUGUGUGUGCUAAGAAAGGGACUCAUGUUGGGGGAGGUUUGGGGGCUGGUGGCGGGUGGGGAGGAAAAGGGUGUUAAUAGUUUCCUUAAUUAGAACAUGUAUUGAUAGCUAGAGAUUACAUGUUUGAGAUUAUAUGUUUGAAACACCAGGCUACCCCUUUCCUUAGAUUGUCUGUCUUUAUUUUCCCCCCUCUCUCCUCUGAAAACUGUCCCAUGUUUCUCUCCCUUCCUUUUCCUGGGAUGUUAGUAACAUCCACCAUUUCAUCCACCAUUUCGAUAUGUGUGUCUUUCUCUGACAUCGUUCAAGGGUCUUCUUCACCCACUUCUUCUGCAAGGAAAAGCCAUUUUCUAACAUCCCUCCUACACAGCAGGUUGUUAUUCUGGAUCUUCUACGUAAAACCCAUGUCAGAGCCUCACUCCCCAUGUUCAAAUCUGACCAUAACUUCACCUUACUGAAGUGUGUUCAGAUCUCUUCUGAGGUUUUGUACCUCAUUUCUUUGUUCAGCCUACUCUGCUUCUUUGGCUGCCACCUCACCCCCUCCUCCUCUCUUGCUGUGCAUAUGUAUUUUGGGCAUCUAAAGAUGGCAUCUCUUUUCCAAGCAGAACCCUUUCAUUGUGGGAAGUAAAGCUAGUGUGGUAGACUCAGUUGAGUGUUGGAUUUGUACUUCCCUACUCAGCCAUGAAGCUUGCUAGAUGGCCUACUCUUGGAGAGAUGAAAUUGGGAUUAUCCUAGAUAUGCCACCCUGCACUAUUUGAAGGAAGGGCAGGAUUUUAAUUAUUUAAUAUGAUUAAAAUAUAAAUAAUCCUGUUGUUACCCAGCCGCCCACAUGCUAAUAGGUACAUUUUUGAAAUCACCUGGUAUUGCUCUUCAACUAGUCAGGUAGUGGCAGAACAGUGUACCGUCUGUGAUCUCCUUGGAAAAGUUCUUUUGACUCUAAUAAACAGUUGGCAUGAUUUGACAAUUGAGGCAUGGACACAAAGCCAGGACUUGUUUUUCACCAUGCUUUCUCUCAUGAGGGUCCUCAUAAAUCCCAUCAAAUGCACUUUUGUCAGCCUUCAUUUCAACCAUCUAACAUUGUUUUACCUUAAAAUUGCAUUCUUAUUACAAGAAGUCUUGUUUAUAAGUCUUUAAAUGGUUGGUUGCCCAUCUUUAUGUCCUCUCUAAUUUUCUCAACACCCUUUUGUAAAAGUGCAAAAUAAAAUCAAAAGUAUAUCUAGUACGCUUACCCUCCCCUGUUCCCUCUUGCUACUGCCCUUGUUGUCUAACAUCAACCCUUUUGACACCCUGAUCUUGUUAUCCAAAAACACAAGACAGGCCUGCUGGAUCAGGCCAGUGGCCCAGCUAGUCCAGCAUCUCACAAGGGCCAAUGAGAUGCCUAUGGGAAGCCUGAAAGCAGGACUUGACCAUAGUAGCCCUCUCCCCACCCUUGAUUCCCAGUGGUUGGUAUUCAGACACCUACUGCCUUCAACAGUGGAGGCAGAACCAUGCCAGAAUAAUGAGCUCCUCCCACAAAGUGGCCAGUGUUCACCCCCCUCUUCAUUGAGCCAGCCUGACUCAUAUCUCCUUAUCCCUGGUGAAGGAAACAGACUCGGUGUCUGAGAGUUUGAUUUCCAUUUGGGAGGUACGGUUUAUGCUGAGUACAACCCACCAGAACAUUCUCUCGCCUUGUGGUGGAUUCCGCCCAUUGUUUGUAGAUGGGUGCCUCCUCACCCCCCCUUCACUGCAUUCAGGGAUGUUCCUGUGUUACAGACCUGUCAUAAUCCUCACCUUCUCCUUUUAUUUUUGGUCAUCUUCAAAUGUUCUUAGCAUCAAGUUCAUGUGUUUUAGGCUACCAAUAGUGGUGUGGAAAACAAUGGCCUUAGAAUGUUUUCCCUGAGAAAACAAAAUAGAAAGAAAGGGCUCAUGGUAGUUGAUGUUUUCUUCAGCAGCUGCAGGUUACCAAGGAGCUGUCCUCACCCUUCUGUCACAUGCAGAAUAAGGAUAUUAAUGUUUUGUUUGGCUUUCUGAACUGUGUAUUGGGGUGGGGAUAUGGGCGCAUGCCAGCCUGACCAUCUUUUAAAGUAAAGUGGGGUUCAGGGUAGCCUUUCAGCCCAACAAUUUGCCUUUUCAGUUAAAAGCAUCUGGAUUUGCAUUGUGCCUUUGUAUUAUUCUUACUGAUCUGGAAAUAACUUUGCUUAAUAAUAUCUCCCCAUGGAAAACUGGUAAUUGAAAUCUAUUGGUUGACCAGUUCUCUAGCCAGUUAACUAGCUUUAUUUGUACUGAUUUUUACCAUAAUGUUAUGUAAUGCUUAUUGUGUGCCUUUUAUUUAUGUAGCAGUUUGCAGGUCAAUCCAAUCUGUUUGUUUUAGUAGCAGCAUCUGAAACAAUGAUUUGCAAUUUUCCUAGCUCAAGUUCAAUUCGCCCUUUCUACAAGCCCCAAUUGCAGGGUGCUGCCUAGGGGCAGGCGGAAUCUUGCACCCCUCCCUCUGGACCAUAUAACUACUCUUGUGUGACCUAACUGUUCUACAACAAAGGCAGGGGCAGCUGCCUUUAUAGAGAUCACGUCCCAGAAUAUAUACAGGGUUGUGGAACAAGCCAUGCCCUUUUAUUGACUCUGGGACCCUUCCAUCUAACCAUAUGUGUAAGAUCUGGACAUGGGGAGUUCUGUUCUGGAUAAAGAAUGUGUAGAAUAUCAUGAAGAGCCAUGACUAAAGCCAGAGAGGAUGCUGAUGUUUCUCUCUACUAUGUUGUAAGCUCCACUUGCAUUGUGGUUUGUGAGAGGGAAGCUGAGAGUAUAUAUAGUUUUAUCUUAAAGGCAGGUGUUAGUUUUUGUGAUUUGCUGUAAGCAGAGAUCAAAAGUAAAGCCUUGUGGAAUGAGUUGUUAUUAUUUUGCCAAGUAUAAAACUGCUCUUGGUUGGAGGCUCAGUGGGUGUGGCAAAGGACUUUGGCUCCCUCUGAAAGGUUGAUUUUAUAGCUCAAAAGUCCUGUGUGCACGUGGUGCACAUUUUCCACCUGAAUAAAGUGGACUGAGAGUAGCUUUACAGUGUACAUAUAGCUAGAUUUGUAGACAGGAAGGACUAAUGUGUGGCCUAUUUUUCUGUGCAAUUCAUGAUAGGCAGAAGAGAUUAAGAACCGAUUUGAAGGAUUCCUUGCUAGCCAAACAUCAUUCCAUAGAAGUGGGAGAAUUUGCCCCUCUGCAACUUGGAUUCUGUUAUUCCCACAACCCACCAACUCCCUUAUGUUUUUAGUGGAUGGUGCUGUCAGAUGUAGGGCAAUGUGUUAUUCAGUAUUUGGACAGUAUGUCACAGAUGCCUCCGAUUGUCACUGAUGACUGCCUAUUGCUCUUAUGUGCAACAUUUCCCCUCUGUGCUGCUUCUGUUUCUGCUAUCGACUGCAUCAUCAUCCUUGUUAGUGUGCCAGGCUCUUUUGCUUUGCAGCCAAGGGCUGCACUGUCUGCAGCACAACGCCUUGCUUUUCUGCCAUGUCCUCCUUAUUCACAGCUGGGUGCCAGGCGUCUUUCACUUGGUGCCAAGCUUCUUUCUGCCUUGCUACCAACUGCUGUGGUGCAUACAUCACUGAGUAACCUCUCAUACAUCUCAGAGGAAACAUUGCUUGGAAUGCCCUUUGGGUGACUCCUGAGACUAUGGCAAACCCAUCAACACCCUUUAAUUAAUUGUUCAUCCUCUGUUGGUUCAAUUUGCACUAUUAUCAUGGCCACCUUUACUCUUUAACAGGAUGAAAUUUAGACUUUCUUGCUAGCUAGCAGAUAACUGAUUUGGAUUUAGGCUAAUGUGUUUCUUUGCUGAAUAGUGCAAUUGCUAAAAGGCAUAUUACAGCCAGUACCUGACAUCCUGUCUUGUUGCAAGACUCUGGCAGGGUCAUGGGGGGAAAGUGGGAAGGUGCAUUUACUGCAAUCCUCUCAUUUCCCAAAGCCAGUUUGUGGAUUGAUAGGAGAGUUGUAUGGGUGGAGAUCAAUCUUCAGCAUGAAGCACUGCAGGGACCGAUUUCCUCCCUUCAUGCCUAAAAAGAAGCUUUCGGUGGGGAUAUACAUAUUUGGAAGGCAGCACCAGGAAAGGGUUGAACCUCCACCCUCCUGCAGCCAUGAUCAAAUUCCUCCUUCCCAUGGCUGCUUUAAGCCUAAGCAAGAAACACUUGAGAGGUUCAAUCAUAGGUCUCCGGUAUUAAGAUUCAGCUUAGCCCAGAGAUACAGAAGAGAGUUGGGGAAAGGAAAGCAUAAAGGAGGUAUAAGAGGCAUGGGAAGGACAGGAGCAAAGUCUCCUUAUUGUCCAUAACAUUUCACAGUCCAAUAUUUAGUUCCUAGUAUAAAUCAUUGGCUUUGGAAGCCUGAAUCAAUUACAGUGUUUAUUCAAACAGGCAGGCAGGCACACACAAACCACUGUGAAAUGUGUGUGCAUGCUGUAUGCAUACUUUUAGGUAAGUUGGGGGAGCUUGGGUGGGGGGUAAAGGAGGUGUAGCCUGCAAUACAGCGUUAAGAUAGUUUCCAGUCUGUGUUGUUCAGAUGGGAGGCUGUGUAAUCUGUGUUUGUAAUGUGUUUGAUGGUAGGACAGUUCUGAGAUGUCAUUGUUAGAGAGCAGAGCUUUGCAAUAUACCUCUCUGGUCUUUUGUGCAUCAGAAAGUUGCUGUUCUGUCUCAUGCUCUCUCAUUGGGGUGGGGUGGGGGCUUUUCCAAUGAUUAGGGGGCAGAAACCCUGGAUCCUAUUCUAGUUAUAUAGCGAUGCUAGCCCUGCUUCCAGAAGCAUCUUCUUCCAAAAUCACUGAUGAGGGAGUCACCAUAUUGUGGGAGACAGCAGUUCUGUUGUUCACAGCUUUCAAAAAGCACAGCUGAAAAGGGUGCAGCCAGCAAAGACGUCUUUAAGGGAAAUCUCGUAAAACAUCCUCAUUGGCAACAUGUGUUUGCCUUGCUUACUGAAGUUUUGUUUAGAACUAGUACAGAAUGGCUCCACCAUCACUGCAGUAGACAGCUGAUACAGUGCACAGUAAACAAGGGCAUUCUAUAAAAUAAAUAGUUGAAAACUGUAAAUGCAAGAAUGUCACGAGCUGUGGUGGUGAGUGAGCACAUUUCUCACUGGUGGUAUUGCAGGUACUCUGCAGUCAUUGCCUAUGCUGCUUGUGCAAAUGCUGCAAUAGAGACACUGCUAGAAAUGUAGAUCCCAUAUCACAAAUGAGUAAUGACAACACACUUACAGUCCAGUUCUGUGCAGUACUCUGUGCAUCCAGGAGCCCAACUACAUAUAAUAUUAACAGUAUGAUUUACAAUCACAUUGCAUGCUAUUUUUUGAAAAAGAAUACAGGUGCAGGGAUGUGAGUGUCAAUAAGAUCAGGGUGCACAGGAUGAGAAGGGUUAAGCUCUACUCAGAUGCAAUUUGCAUGAAAUUCCCCUCCCUGCCCAGCACAGCUACUCGCAUUACAUACCAAGCUCCCAUUGGCAUUAGUGGGGAUUCUCCCUCCCCAAUGUUAAUUUCUGUGUUGGGGGGGCGGAAUUUUAUGGAGAUUGUGCCAAGAGCAGGAAGGAUCCUGAUAACAGUUGUUUCCGCUGCACUUGAUAUUUACUUUUUAACAACACACAAUGUGAUUGCUAAUCACAUCAUUAAUGUAAUGCGUAGUUAGGCCCCUAAAGCCACUGAAUUUUGUGGGAUUAAGCAUGUCAAACUUGGUGUAGAACUGGACCGUGAAUGUGCUUUAACAAACUGAUCAUCUGGAAAGCUCUCUCCCUUUUAAAAACUAACUGGGAAAUUUCUAACAAAACUUUCCUAGUGGGGAAAAAGCACUUUGCCAACAUUUGGCCACUAGUAAAAGAAAAAUCUCCAGACUGAAAUGGAGCUUAAUUGACAAUUUAAACUGACUAAAAUGAAUGUUUUGUGUAUGUGGAGUGAAUGGUGAGACCAAGUUAGAAUGAUUCAUCUGAAACAAAAGAGAUUCUGAAAAUGAAUGUAACUAAAAAUGUAGAUUUCCUUCUUUUGUCUGUAUUAUAGAGAGAGAACACAAUUUACAAUUGACAGAAAUAACAAUUUCAAGCAACAUUUCCCAAAACAGCAAGGAACGGCAGCAUGAACCACAUUACUGUAUGAUUCUAGGCUUACUGCUGUUCAAAGACCCAAUGCUCUUCUUCAUCUUUUCUCUUUUAUGGGUUUUCACAACUUCCCUAUCCUCAUCCAUAAUGAAUGGCUAAAUCCACCAGGUUGACUCAUUCAGAAUCUAAUUUCUGUACAUUUACUUCAGCUAGUGCGUCCUUACGGUGUGUGUGUGUGUGUGUGUGUGUGUGUGUGUGUGAUUGAUUGAUUGAUACAUAGAAUCACUAUGAUUGAUUAUAUAGAGUACUGUUAAUCAAACAUGGAUUGCUGACGGUCCUGCAUAUUAUAUUGUGCUAUUUACUUAUAUACAGUAUUUCUUAGUCACCUUUUUAUGUGGGUGGGUGUCAUCUCAUAAUAGGGAAUGGAGUGAUAGUUGAAAGGAUUGGAGGAAGCAGGAGCUAUGCAUAUAGGUAUUCACAUAGUGACUUGUGUAAAUCAGAGCCACAUUCUCUUUGAAAGCAUUGUAACAUAUAUUACUGCUCAGUCUUGCCCUUCUCUUUACCUCCAUUGGUCUUUCUUCCAGUGUUUUCUGGAGCUAACAUUACUGGGGAAGAGGGGGAAGACAGUUUUCUGAAGCCUAUGCAAGUUACUGAGCACAUCAUAUACAUUCCAACACUUGGAAUGUUGGUCAUCUGAAACAGACUGUCAAGUGAUGAGACAUUUACCACACUUCUUAAUCUGCUCAGAAAUAUUUAGAAACUGUAGUAAUAAAAUUCAUCACUUGGCAGGAUGUUUCAGUUGACUGGCGUACCAAGCAAUAAAUAUGUACCUGGUAAGUUACCAGUUGGUCCAUGAACAUCUGUAGUCACUUAAAGGGAGUAUGGAAUUCAUACGGAACAAGAUGAAGAGAAAGAUGAAAAUAAUAUGUUAUUCCUUAAUCUCCCAUGUAUGGAACCAGAUGCAUGCAAAUGGCGUUUGGGUGAAUAAGACCCACAUUGGAAACAAAUUCACUCCAGUUUAGGUGGGUAAUUGUAAACUUUGGAUCAAACAAUGCAUUUAUCACAAUAAACAACCUCCAAAGUGCCAUAAACAGUUCCAAAAUAUGUCUGUCAAAGAGAAUUGACAGUCAAGACUUCUGGUUAGAAGUCCUAGUUAGUUGAUCUGUUGGUUAUAGUAUGGAUAGUCUUUUUUCAGGUUUUAGAUUUAAAUCUGGUAGAGUUGAGAAAUUUCUAUAAAAUUCUAGUAUGAGAGAUGGGAGAUUGUGUUUCAAGUUUUAAAAUAAUUCACAUUUGCCCAGAUACCUUUGUCCAUAAUUCUUGGAGCUUCCUCCAAUCGUUCCAGCUAUUCUGCAUUAUGAAAUCACACCCAUUCACAGAAAAGGGCGACUCAGAAAUCAGGAGAGAAAUAAAUGUUCCUCCCCAGUGAAAUUCCAUUGGCACUUUGUGCCAUGUUCUUCUGGGUAUCUCCAGCCACUUGGGAAAACCUGGAUUUUCCCAGUCUUUUGGUUAGAGUCAAUAAAUCCCUCCUGUGUUGAAUCUUGUCAUCUCAUAUAUUUAUUUUUAAUGUAAAGAGAACAAAGAUGAUGGCAGCAGGAGGAUAUGGGAUGACCAGUAACCCUCGCUGCAAAAAGAAAACUUACAAAUAUUUAAAAAAAUACCCUUGAAAUAUUUUGGGGGAAAAUUGUGAAUACUUUUUUAUAGAAAAGCUAAUUUUUAUGUAGCAUGAAAGUCACCAAAAUAAAAUGAUCAAGAACGGAAGUUGUGGCGAGAAGUUUUGUUGAUGGGGGGCGGUGAUGGGAAAAGGGGAGGUUGUGGGGAAAAUGUUUGUGUGGAAGGGAGGGGAGUUGCAAUGCAUGGUGGGGAGUGGGGUGGGGUUGAUGGCAGUCAUGAAUGUUCAUGUGUUGUUGAAACAUGAAGCACCUUGAAGUGAAGGUCAUCUCUUAAUAGGGAAGGCAAUUGUGGUACUUGUAGGACAUCCCAGGGGGUGGCUUCCCAGACUGGCACUCAAUAAUAUGUAUACAACCAUGGCCUCUGCCAAACUGGGUGCAUGAAUACUGUACACUAUUUGGGGGCACUUUGGGGCAAAAAUUGUCAACAAUUUGGGGAAAUAAUAGGCUGGGAUUUGGCCAAUGCACAGCAUAUCAUGUUGCCACCUCAAGGGGAAAUUUCCUGAGGGAAUGCAAAUGUUGUUCAGAGAACUUGCUCCCCGCCUGCCCCUGUGGGUUGCUGGCAGUUGUGCAUGUCUGCUUCCUGUGGUUUGGGGCCAAUGGGUGAUGUGAGAAGUCUGGCUCCUCAUUGGUGGCAUUCCUUGGAGGUUGGCUGCUUGAUUGGUCCACUGCUUUCUCCAAAUUAUUGUACCGUAAUUUUCCUACCCCUGUCAGGAGCCUGUCAGAGAGAGUUGAGAGAUUUAAGGGGAUAGGAAGCUGAUAGUUUGUCUGCCUGACUCUGCCAUGGAGAUGGGUAAAAGGGAGAGGAUAUUUUCUUCGGGGUUGGGUGGGAGGAAGGAGAGGGGGUAAAUAUAUGGAAAUGCAGGUGAAAUUCUUUUAGGGAGUGGAUCUCUUCAAGGGGAACAAUAUGGGUUGGGAUCUGUAUAGUAAGUUAACUGGUUGGCCUUGUGUAAAGUUGCUGUUGUGAUGCAGCAGUAUGUAGUGUCAAAGAAAUUGUACUUAAGGGCUCAAAUCCCACUUCUGCCUUGUAUUGGGUGUGUGGCCUUGAACAAAUUGAUUGUCUCCAACUGGUCCAGCACUGUUUACAGCAGUGGCCUCCCAAAUGCCUCUGCAAAAUUUAUAAGCAGGGCAUGAAGGUAAUGGCAUUGUCUGUUCGUUUCUUAUGCUUUUCAUCCUGUUUCCCUUACCUGAAUAUGUGUUCCAGAAAGUUUUCUCCACCCUCAGUAUCUUGAUCAUAUAAUCAAUCUCAUGUGUGACUUGACUUGUGGCUUGUGGUUUGGCUCAGUUUCUUGAGGAAUCUGUUCUGCACAUAGAGUUCCCAGAUUUUCUCUGGAUUGUUGAUCUGUGUGGGCCUGAUAUCAUUGUAUUGCUUGGUGGCUGGCAGGAGACUUGUAUUAUUAUUAUUAUUAUUAUUAUUAUUAUUAUUAUUAUUAUUAUUAUUAAGCAUUAUCUGACCAGAAGGUAAAAUUAAAAUUCUUUGGUUUUCCAAAAGUAUUUUAUGUGUUUUCUAAUCAAACAUAGAUUUGCCAAGCUUAAUGUUGUCCAGUCACAAAAAAUAAUAGCAGGUUUGAAUUCCUUACACCCCAAAACUUAUUUUCAAGGCUCUUCACUGAAGAAAUUUGCAGAAAUUAAGUUUCACCCCUAAAAUGACACGCCCAACUGGUGAAAUGUGUAAAAAGCAAAGGGUCUGUUUUCUUUGAAUGUAAUGAGUAAAAAGACCCACUGUUCUCGUCAACUCCUUAAACAUGUGAACUCUCAUUAGAUAUUUUGCAAGUUCAUACGCUGCACUUAUCUUCUGUGGUUUAAAUUUUGUUUUUCGCUAUUUAUUAAAUUUAUAUACUGCCAGUGUCCUUAACAUGACCACAGCUUGUAACACAAUACAUAAUACAGACACUGUCAAGGCUGAACAGUAUUGGGUUGUGAAAACAUUAACAUUAAGAUUCUACAACCCUGUAACCAUUCCAUUUUUCCCUUUAAAAACAAACAAACAUCUGAGGAACAAUCUGGGAGAGCUGCUUACACAUCUCCCAUUCACUUCAGUGGAGUUUGUGCAGGAGAACUUUACUGGAGUGUUGUGCCCCAGUUUAGUUUUUGAUGUAUAACUAGACUUUUGGUUGCAUCUGUUUUGGUGUUUACCAUCUUGCAAGCAUUCCAUUAGCAGAAGCAUAUUUUGAAGCACCAGCUAGCACUCGUUGUAUGGCUUUUGUAUUGUGCAUCCCUGUGGUUUUUCUGUGUACAUAUGUUCCCUUGCCCUCUUUAAACCUAGACCUCAAAGUAAUCCCAUAAUUUCUGGCGUCCCUCCUGAUCGGUCUAAUUCCAGAAAUAAUUUGAUCUUCAUACCCAAAUGGACCACUGGCCAAGAUCUUAAUAUUGAAUCACAGGAAGCAAAUCUAUUCAUCCACUCUGCAUAUACUGCCCAGGCAGUUUCUAUUAGGCUUUAGUGGUACAGCAAAAAUUGGUUGGUAGUUUUCUGAAACAGGUUGUCUUAUUACUUCAAAGUAAAAAUGGAAAUGUGGUAAAACUUCCCCCUUCCAUCCAUUCUUUAAUCAGGUGCAGGGCAGAUGAUAGGUUCUACUUUACAGAGCACAGCCUUCUAUAUGAAGGUCUCUUUGGUUUGAACAUCUGUCUGGCCCAUGUCCAUUUUAAAGAGAAAGGAGCCACAGAAGGGAGCACAGCAAAGGCCUUGAAGGAGGGAGAAAAGGAGUUUGGAAGUUGCCCAUCAAUAACACUGGGCGGUAGAAUCAGCUGCCACACAAGCCAAUCUCGUCACAGUCUUACCCAAAUGAGAUGUACUGCAUUUUUGCAUAAAUUAUGGAAAUUGUUUCUAAAUUUGUAUCUCUACAUAUAAAUUAGCAUAGGCCAAUUUUAUGCAGAUAAAUACCCUUUUCUCCUCUUUUUUGAUGAUGGAUAAGUGUGCUCUUGCGGUGGUUAAGUAGACCGGGCUCUUUUCCCUAGAAUGCCAGCACACAAUAAGGGUUUGAAUGUUGUUCCAGGUAGCCUCUACUGAGUUCACGUCUUCCCUUCUUCCCUUAUUCUUCUGGGUUGGUAAGAUCUUAGACCAAAGAGGAAUGGAUAUUAUCGCCUCUGAGACGCUGUGUGGAAAAUCACCUUCCAUCACACAAGCAGAAAUUCCAGGCAUUUUGUGACUUUCUCUGCCCUAUCUUAACUGCUAGCUAUAUAUCCCUCCUAUAUUCAGAAAAGAAUGGCUUCCUGGGCUGCUUCCUUAUCUGAACUGUUAAGCUGAAUGCCAUGAAGCAUUUUCUGCUGUUCUCUCCGAUUAGCCAGCCUUUGCCAAGGAGGUGCGAAACUGAGGCCUGGACAUCAAAUCCUCUUGCUCAAGGUUAAGUACGGGCUAUGCAAUUGCCCUUCAGCAGUUUGCUCUCUUUCUAUUAGCUGUGGUGGACACUGCAGAAUGUUAAGUGAGUUUCUCUGUGUGAGUGGAACUCUCUGAAGAUAAGUAAUGUGGGAGAUUGUGUACGUGUGCCUGCAUGCAGAGGGACUGUGGAUAGUUUCAGUACUUUUUUCAAGGAGAAAUUCCCCUUAAAACUCAAGCCAAACCUUCCCUACACAGUGCAAACAAUGAGGUUGCCAUUUUGGGUGCUCUAAUGCAUCUCCCACCCACGGCCAAAUCCAACAUGCUGGUUUGGGAUGUUGUGUCAAUUUUUCUGUAAUGUCUGUCACUGAUGCCCAUAUAGGCAGCCCAGGAGAGUGAAGACUGAUGCAUGUCAUAAAAGCAGGUUAAUGGGGGCCAUGACAACACAUUUGCAAAUAUCUAACGGUGUGGUUUGAAAGAGGGAGAACAACUGUCUGACAGCCACUGAGGGGCAGAGGCGAGGUGACUAGUAUACAGCAUACAGAAGGCUUAGAGUAUGGGGUGGGUCAUCAUUGCUCUGUCUAUACUAGUUUGUGUGACUUUUACUGCCAUGAUUUCUCCCACAGAUUUGUGAGCAUUCUUUGUAAGAGAUUCCUAAACCCGCUCAACUAUAUUUCCCUGGGGAGAAGGAAGGGAUGACCAUGUUUGGCACAGAUAUGCCCAUUGAGUAUUAAGGGCCAACAUGUAGUGACAGACCCUGUUUAUAAGUAGGUAAUUAUCUAAAUUAUUUUAAAUUAUCUUUGUGUCUACAAAGUUGUGGCCCAAAGGCAAACCUUUCUCUCGUAGCAAACGUGCCCUUUCCAGUUUCUAUGGUGGCAAAAACAAAUUAUUCCUAAACAGGGAAGUAACAAGCAGCUUUCAACCAUGAGAAAGAAAAGCAGUGCUAGAUUUCAUUAGAUUAAGUCAUAAUUCAAUUGAUAGAGACGCAUUUAAAUAAUGUGGCCGAAUUUAAAACAAUUCGAUCCUUUCUAAUUUCAUAAAGUCAGCUGAAAAGGGGAAUUUCAAAGGGAGGAUGCUCGAGGAAUUUGGCAGGCUGAAAUCUGAAGUGGACUUUUUCUUCGGGACUGAUGUGUGGAUUAGAACAUAGCCCUCUACAGAAUCCAGGCUUCCACCAAUUCUAUGAGGUGGCCUUCCUUCCUUCCUUCCUUCCUUCCUUCCUUCCUUCCUUCCUUCCUUCCUUCCUUUUAAAAUCCCCUUUGUUUAACAGGCAAUAUCUGCUGCAUGCUAUAUGUGGCUGCAGGUCCCUCACAGGGCUACUGUAUGAGAGGAAAAUGGCUGCCCCCGUUUAGGCAGCCAUCUUUUUUUCUGUACCAUGUCCCUGUGAGGAAUGUCACCUCACCACAUGCCAUCACUCCCCCAGGGGCAUUUGGGACAGUCAUGCACUCUAGCCACUUCAACAGAUUUUGUUUGUUUGUUUGUCAGAGACCAUUUUGAAAACUACAAGUAAUUUAUUUGAAAACACAUUUGAAAUAAUUCAGCGGAGGGUGCCGAAUUUUGGCGUUGCACAGGGCACCACUGAAAUUUGAAAAUCCAAAGUCUGCCACUGCAAGGACACAUUCCGGCCAAGCUCAUAAUAAUAAUAAUUUAUAAUUUAUACCCCGCCCAUCUCAAGGAGGGUGUGUUAUAGAGGUGGUGAGGGGUGAGGCCUGCAGAGAAGGAAAUUACCUUGGAAAAGUCCUGAGAACUGUAUAGAGAGAUCUGAAGGGUCACAUUCAGCUUCUGGGCCAGAGGUUCCCCUCUCAGCUCCAUAUGUAGACUAAAACCUCAUGGAGCUUGGAGUAAAGACUAUAUCAGGCCAUUUUGAAGUAAGUCUUGAAACACCUCACCAUUGAUACCUACUUCUGAGUGUCAUGUUUUAUCAUGGAUUUGCACACUAUCUAAAUCAGGCAUAGGCAAAAUCAGCCCUCCAAAUGUUUUGGGACUACAACUGCCAUCAUCCCUGACCACUGGUCCUAUUAGCUAGGGAUGAUAGGAGUUGUAUUCCCAAAACAUCUGGAGGGCUGAGUUUGCCUAUGCCUGAUCUAAAUGGUUUCUAGACAGGUGUGAAGAUUAAGACCUCUCCUUUGAUUCACUGACUAUCUAGACAUUAACCUUAAAUGUGUUUAUGUUAAGAGUUUACAUUAACUGGUAAAUUGACAGAUGCUAUCAUUUAUAUACAUUAUGCAAAUUGUUUUGCAUAAUCUUGCCUUGUACACAAUUACAUAGUAUUUGCUGAUGAAUAAAUUGGGUAUUUACAAAUAAUACAAAAAGCAAUCAGAGACUGUAGGCUAUGGGCACGAUCCUGCCCCCGUUCCAUCACUUUUAGGGCCAGUUGAUUUUAGUGAGAAAAUUUAAGUUUAUCUUUCAAUGCCUCACAUUUAAAUUUCAGUGAUUAAGUAUGACUGGAUCAUACUUUGGGAGCACCACCUGCCAGGAAAUCUGCACAAACUGUAUGACAUCAAUGGGAGUUAUGUGAUUCCAUUGCUACUCUUUUCAACGGGGCUUGCACAAGAAAACCUCUUGGUGAAUGGUGCCUGUUAUAUACUUUAUACUGGAUUUCAGAGGGAAUGUAAGAAGUCUGGAGGAUUGUGAAGGUCCACACAGUAGCUCUCUAGGAAUCUAGUAUAGGAUCAGUGGUUUUGCUGCCUGCUUCAGGAGUUACUUUGCUUCCACGAAUACUUGUGUAUACUUGAGCUAUUGUGAAGCCACCAUAUGACCCUGCUCCUCUUUCAUCUAAAGAAAAUGAAUCCUUUAAGCUCUGUCCCUGGACUGAUGACUGCUCAGGGACAUUCCUGGCCCAGGGUGCCUUACUUAUGCCUGUUCCAAACCAAUAAGUCUUUAUCAGAGGGCCCAACAAGGAUACUUCACUCGGAUUGACUGCUAGUAAUUCUCCUUUCUUUCCACCAUCCCAGUCCCAUACUGGGCCUUUUCCCAAGCUUAGGCAGAUAGGCUUCCUGGUCUGAAGUGCAUUCAAAAUUCAUGGGCUUCUGGAUCACUCCUUCUCUUGGAUCGUGACCCUGGAGUACAACAGCUGUAAGGGCCUGAGCUUCCAUAGGCUGCACAUGCUAUAAUACAGUUGGCAAGGGAUUUCUCCUCAUCCAUGACUACAGCUUGCAGACAGUCAUCCUCCAAGCCACCUUGCAUGUUCCCUUGCAUUUUUUACAUAUUCUCUACCACUUUCCCCUGACUGCAGGCCUCAGCUACUCUACCUUUGUACCAUGAUCUCCAGUUCUUUUUCAGUUCAUAGGACUCUCCCCUAGCUUUUCAUUUGGAUCACUGCUGGAAACACCCAAGACAGACAAGAGUCUGUUGUUUCUCAGCUACUAACCCUUCAGCACAUUCAGAAUUGAUAGGGAACUCCUUAGCUAUCCACAUGGCAGCUCUUCUGUUGGGUCUCUGGGCCUGUCUUGACUUCCUUAUAGCUGACGAUCCAGUAAAGCUCUUACCUCUUGAUAUGCCGCCUCCUGACUCUUGCUUGGAGUUGCUGUAAUUUCUGCUGCUCUCAUUUUUUGGCUCACACCAACUCCAGGGUGGGUGGGUAAUUUCCUUCUUUGUGACCAAUCUUAAGUGCUCUCCUCUUCCUCAAGCAGCGGGAAGCAAAGGGAUAGCAUCCCUCUAUUUUAUUUAGUUUUCUUUGGAGAAAGAGCAUGGGAUACUUAGGGUAUCUUUGGUAAACUGCUUAUUUAACAUACAAACAGCAAGCAGGCUGUUAUAAUAUAGGUAGCACAGCCACUAAGCCCUAGAUUAGACUCCCAGAGCACAAAACUGUGGACCUACACAACCCUCUGAGCUGCCUUGAAUUCUACUAACUUGCAGCUGAAACUCUCUAGUUCAUGCUGUCUUUACCCCCACAGUCAAACUGCCAACACACUCAUGCAGAGCUUUGUCUCCCUACCUGCAAUCUUUCCUUUCGUUGUUCUUUUUGGUUAUCCUCAACAAGACAGUCAAUGAAUAAAAACAGCAUAAGGAAAAAGACAGCUUAGCAAAGGCUCAUAGUAAUUUGCAGUGCAGUCUCAUUCAGUUAAAGCAAAUACAAUCAGAACAAGCCUAAAAGGGAGGAGGGACUUUGAUCAGGGAGGAAGGAAAAAAAGGCAGGGGCAGGGAUAUGCUCCAGCAGAGUCUCCUGGGCAUGUACUUCAUGCAGACAAUCCCACAGAGAGAUCACCUGUGCAGAGGCAUAGUGUGGGGAAGGGCAGGGGGGAACAUGGCCCCGGGCGCACAUCUUUGAAGGGAUGCAAUCAGGUGCCCGCAUGACAGGCAUGGAGUCUUGGCAGCUGAGGCAUGGCAGCAGGUGGCUUGGUCUAGUGGGCAGGUGGAUGGAAGCAGUGGGUGAGGGGCCUGUUGGAGGCGGGCUCCGUUCACCCUCCGUGUGGGCUUUGCGUCCCUCUCACAUGUGCCCCCACCCCUGCUGCAACACUUGCCCCACCCUGAUGGCCAGCAACCCAUGUUACACCACUGCCCCAGUGUUCUAGUGCUAAUUUCCGUUGUGCUGUCUGCUGAAGGUGACUUCUCCUAUGGUGUAAGGGUACAUGAGUCUUCUGACCACUGAGCAAUGAGAGGAGGAGUUUACAGGGGACAUACAUUCCUUCCAGUGCUGUAGCACCAUCCUUUUGCCCAUCAAGAAGGCACACAACGUGCUAUUAUGUUGUCUGUCCAUCAAAGUCCCUCAGCGUUGGAAUAUAACCAGUACAAUGUGAGCAUCCAAGAGUUUUAAGUUCCAUCCUGCUGGUGAAUUGCCUAGCCACGAGCUGAUUAGCCCUGAUUUACCUUCAAGCAAUCAGCUAAACAUGGGUCACCGAGGGUCAAAACAGUAGGGAUGGGGAUGGGUCAAUAGGAAAUGGCCACAAGCCAGGGUGGUGAGGCCUGUGCAAGCCUCUUUGUUUCAGUAGGUUUGUGAAUGCAUAACGCUGAGCUGGAUUAGGACCGGCGUGUGUGCAAUUUGCACGCAUGAUGUUGGUGAAGCAUGCUUGAGAGUCUAGCUAGUCCUUCAGUGUGAGAAUCUCCCUUACUUUAUACUGUGUUUUCUUUGCCGGUUGGGUUGGAACAAGAAGUGCCAGUACCUAAGUAAGCCUGCAAACAAAACCUCUGCUUAUAGACAUUUCUUAUCCCUGUAAGCUCCAGAAAUCCUGCAAAGAAAGCAGAAUUCUUGGGAGAUUUCUCAACUUGAUAUCAAGAGGUUUGGAUAAGCUCUGCUUCUGUAGCUAAGCUUCCAGGGGGGCUCUUCUGUAUGGGAUCUUCAGAUUUGAUUUCCCCCCAGCCACUGGCUUGUAUUGUCUUCCCCAUGGGGUAAGGUGUUCUCUCUGAAUACUACUACAAUACUGACUGCAUAUUUUCUCCUCCCCAUCGCAAAAGAAGCAAACUGUGUUAUUUACAAAGGUGUGCUUGUGACAGUAAGACUUAAUUCAAUUUCAUAAUCAUAUGCUUCAUUCUCUCAACAUGGUCACCGGACUCUAGUCCUAAAGAUACGGGCCUUGAGGAAUAUCCAGCUGUAUCAGGGUAGGACUUUACCGGCUUUAAAAGUUGCUUUUAUGUGAUUAAUUGGCUUGGCCUUUUGAUGCAAAUGGUGGAGGAUGGCUGAACAAUUCCAAAAAGAGCAAGGACUGGUCACCAUUCCUAUCAUUUCUGUUAGUGCAGUUGAGGGACUUUGUUACAAUAUGUAGGAAAGCAUGCAGUUAGCUUUCUUUGGGAGCUAAAUAGGCCUCAGCGAUGAGGAUAUAAUGGAAAGAUGUGCUGUUUAUUAGAAGAAAAGCUUUUUCCCACUUGUAACUGACCUGCCAUGUAUACCUCUAUUUAGAUUCAAAAGAAAAGUCUCAGCAGCACACUAUGUUCAAAAUAAAUUUCCUUCUCUCAACCUCGUUUGGAUGAGCUCAUCUGCAAACAUCCAACAAGGAACCUGUAAUUCUUGGUUUAUGUCCUUUAUCUGGUAUAGUUCUUCCUCAGUAUCAGCUCAGUUGAUCAGUUUCAGUGGGAGGUCUCAAAGGCAAGUGGCUGAAAUCCAGUUAGGAUUUUGCAAGUGAAUUUAACAACUUGUUUGAGUAAGAAAAAUCAUUUUGUUGUCUGGAUCCAUCAGUACUUUGACGGUGGCAGCGGGCAUUCUGGUUUCAAAGCCAACAUAUUGACUUUGGGGGUUAAUAUUUCAGACACUUGAGGACUUUUUUUUAAAAAAGUAUCAAUAUUUGGAUUUGUUUCUCUUGUUUUUAAAUACUGUGGAAUGGUACAGGUUAAGUAAUGCCAUAACUGCACCCCAAAUCCAGAUGGUGUUGAAAUGACUACAUAUAUAUAUAUAUAUAUAUUCACAACAUUUUAUUUUUCUGAGUUGUUUAGAUAUUUUUAAAUAUCUGAAAAUUUUGUCUAUCUGUUGGGUAUAAAUAACUUAACAAUAUUUCACAUGACAUUUGUAUUGAAAAGCUCCAGUUGACCUGUGGAUUGCAUUCCAAAGCAUUAAUAGCAUAGAAUGUAUUUAAAAGAACUCGUUGGAUGAUUUACAAAAUGGAGUUUACACUGCAGUAUGUAUGAGUAAAUAGUGAUGGAACUGUCCAAUGGAAAAUGCACAGAAUGGGUGUUUCCACGCUGUGUUUUUAGUUUCUCAGGCCAGGAGCAUCCCUCUUACAGCCAUCCUUUCGCACAAUUUUAGUGGUUAAUGUGAAAGUUACAACUUAACUUUUUAUCAUUUCCAAACGCAUGGAAAGUAUAGUGUGUGUGUGUGUGUGUGUGUGUGCGCGCACACACAGUAGAAUUUCUUUCUUUCUUUCAAAUUGGUUUGCCUUUGGUUCCGUUUACAUGGCAUGUGCAGCGGAAUGAGGUGAAAUGCUUGCAACUCCAUCUGUGCAGUUUCCUCUUCCAUUUCAUCAUGCAAACCGUCUAAUGUGAUGAAGAGAAUGUUCCAAAUAGAAGAGAUUGGUGGAGAACAGAGAGGUACCCUUCCAGGCUGAGAUUCCCAAAUGUUGGGUAUGAACCUGCCUUUGACCCAAAUGAGGUGGCUGCUCUUGGGUGUUGUGAGGAAAUCAGCACAACUGAAUGUAGAGCAGUGACGAUGUUCCACGGAUAUCUCCUAUUAGUAAUACGUUUGGGAAUCCCUGGCACAGGAGACUGGGUGCCUUUCGUGGAGAUUAACACAUAGCAUUUUCUUCCUUCGUCUCCUGCUGUUUGCUGAGCUUCUGAAAUUAAGUUAAGGCUGUCAGCCAUCAACCUUGAGGUGACGCCUUUCCUUUUGAAAUGACAAGGCACCAUGAACAGAUGCUGCAGCUAAGCUUCUGCCCCUUUCCUCCACCCAUCACUCCAGCCUCCCUCCUCUCCUGGUUGCAGUACAGCCAAAUUUAAGACUUACAUUUUAAGUCAUGCUUGGUGCAGGUGGUGGUGGAGGGGAAGGGUGGGGGCAAAGGGACUCACAGAAGAAUGGUCUUGGUGCCACAAUGGCUGCCUAUUUUUUCCACUUCCUUGGAGCUUUGAAAGUGGUAGGUGUGGUCUCCAGGUUGAUGGGUGACACUCCUAAAUUCAAUGCCUGAGCCAAAUGAGAUGGGGUGGACGGGGCCUGGGGUGGUUUUGAUUUAAACUUUUCUCUCUUGGUUGGGUUCUCUGGACUCCUAGUUAGUUCAGGGCAUGACAUUCUUUGUGGGCAGGAGCUGAGGUAGGGAGGGUUGAGAGUCAGGGAAAGGGUUUACUAGCUUAGUGUCCAAUCACAGCUUUGUUACCAAAUGGCCAUGUUGGCCCAGAUUAUUUUCAAAAUGGCCGCUGGUGCUAUUUCAGCAUAUAUCAAGGGAACACUGCUAUGGAUCCUAGUUGGGGGUGGGGCAGGAGGACAAAGCAUUCUGAAUGCAAGCUUGACGACACAAAGGCAUCCAGUGUGGGGUUCAGGCAGAGACUUGGAAAUGCAAUUUCCUCACACAACUAAAACGGGGGAAGGAGACAUCAUUAUUACUUUCCCAGCGUAGCGCCUUCCUAAGGGAAAGCGCCGUCGAACUCAGGCUUGCCUCGUCUCUCUGAGGCCCAAAUCCCACUACCCCCACCAAUCACUACUCUUCUUUCUCCCAAUCCUCCUAUCCCCAACACCUCCCCCUCUCCAAUUCUUUUUUCUGUAAAUAGCUAUUUCUGAUUUCGGACAAGCAGGGAUCGAUAGAUUCUGGAGGGGGGAGGACAAUUGUUUUACUUUUUCCCUUUCUCUUAAUGAUUUUUGGUGUUUGAACUUGAAAAAUAGUAUAUAUUAGUGUGUGUGUAUGUGUGUGUGUGUCUAUAUAUAUAUAAAUAUAUAUACACACACAUACACAGGCGACAUCAACAUACAUACACACACAUACACACAUACAAAUGGAUCCUGGUCAAAAAGAAAGUCGUUGAUUUCCCCCCAUUGAUUUAUCUUGUUUCUCACUGGGAGUUGUUUUGGGAGCAGAUGGUUUUUUGGGGGGUGGGUGGGUGAAAUGUAUAGAUUUUCAGUACAGCAUUGCUCAAACAAUGCAGGGAAAAAACUUUAAAAGAAAGGGGGGAAGGAACAACAACAACAAAAAUAAAACAAAAUGAGAAAACUUU